GUGUGGUUGGGAUUGGCGAGGGGAAACGGAACUGCGGAUUCGCCGGAAUGGCGUCGCCGGAGGACAAGGCCAUGGCGGAGCUCGAGACGCUGGAGGAGGAGGAGGUGCUGCGGCGGCUAGGCACGGGAGAGGAGGCGGGCCUCGCCGAGAGUGAGGCGGCGCGCCGUCUCCGCCUUCACGGCCCCAACGUCGUCGUCCUCUCUCACCACGAGGGCACCAUGCUUCAGAAGUUCCUGAGCGGGCUCUUCUCGCUAUGGGGAUGGGAUCAUGUCUUCCCCAAGUACAACAACAUGGUCCGGAUCAUACUUAACUCCAUGUCAUGGGUUACUGUGCUGAUUACAGUUGCAUCUCUUACCGUCACCUCUGCUGGCCAAAGAUCAUGCCAGCUAGCCAUCAUAAUUUUCAUACUAGCUACAAGCCUCACAGCAUGCUUUACUGCAAAGCUUGUUUUGAAGUAUGCUAAGGCUCCACUGGAGGCCAAAGCUCAUGCGCCAAGGGCCAAGGUUCUCAGAGAUGGGAGGUGGAGAGACGUGCAUGCAGCAAAUCUGGUCCCUGGGGAUAUCAUAUUUCUCAAGGUUGGGGACAUUGUCCCCGCCAAUGCUCGUGUCCUCCGAUUUGAGAAAAUCGACACAAUGACUUGCUGGGCCAAAAGGUCUGUCGAUUGUGCGCAUGGCUUCCUCAUAUACUAUGCUUGGACUGUUUCCUGUGGCCAAGGAACUGCUGUUGUCAUCGCAACUGGCCAUGGCAUCCCUAGAAGCACACUGCGACUCUAUCCACAACGCUAUGCUCGACCUGGCCAGCUUAAAGAGGGGGUCAUGGUUGCUGGCUGCUUCUGUGUUUCCCUGUUACUUGUUGGCACUAUUGCCGAGAUGGUGUUCAGUUUUUUGUUCCGAAAACAAAACCGCAAAGGCAUGCUGCACAACAACCAUUUUAUGCUAUUGAUUGGUGGAAUUCCAAUGGCAAUGCCUGCUGUCCUCUACCUGGCAUUGGCACUGGGAUCUCUGAGACUUUGUUUCCUGGGGAUUGCUAGUCUAGGGACAGUUGCAGUCGAAGAUCUGGCAAGUAUGGAUGUGAUUCUGUUCAACAUGACCGGUACUUUAACAUGUAAUAAACCCUGUUUUGCACGGGACAAGAUUGAGUUAUUUGCAGAUGGCGUCAAUAAAGACCGUGCCAUUAUUUUAGCUGCACGAGCAUCAAGAUCUCAGCAUGAGUUGUACAUCGAACCAUUUGACGCAGCUAUUAUAAGCCUCCUUGAUGAUCCAGAACAGGCAUGGUCGGGUAUUCAAGUCUUAGAGAACCAUGCCCGUUUCUUUGUUGCGCUGAAGCUGAUGUUCUUGACUACAUACAUUGAUGAUGGCAAUGGCUCCAAGUGCUGUGUAUUCAAAGGUGAUCCUGCGAAGGUUGCUCACCAAUGUGGCUGCAGCAAAGCAGUUAAAGAGAAAAUAAGCACAAUAAUGGAUGAACUUGCUCUUGAUGGAUAUCAGGCCAUAGCUGUAGGACAUCAGGUAGACUCAUGUUGGGAGUUUAUUGGCCUUCUUCCUUACAGAGAUGACCUUAGAAGAGAUAGUGCUGAAGCUGUCGAGAGCCUUAUCGAUCUGGGUUUGGAUAUAAGGGUCCUCACAGAAAGCCCAUUGUCAACCACAAAGCAAGUUUGUGGAAAGCUUGGAAAACUAGGCAUCAAUGUAGUACCCGCCCAUUCAGUGUUCGAAUUAGAGCGCAAUAACAGAGAAGUCCAUUUAAAUAUCAAUGGGAUCUCUGAUCUCUUUCCAGAAGACAAAAGUGAUAUAGUAAGAAGGCUAAGAAAUUUCGGUUAUCGUUGUGCCAUGGUUGGGUAUGAAUUUCUUGAUCAUGAUGCCAUAGGAGAAAGCCAUAUUGGAAUUUCAGUUGUUGAUGCAGCUGAUUACACAAAGAGUGAAUCUGAUCUUGUUUUGACUAAGCCUGCCCUGGUACCUGUUUCUUCAGCUGUGCAGAUCAGUAGGAAGAUUUGUCAAAUGAUAAAGAGCUACACCAUAUACACCGUUUCAUCAACAGUCCAUCUAUUUGGUGUCCGUAUCAUAUUUCAUUUCUGGAACUUCGACAUGUCAAGUAUCCUGGCCUUGGUGAUUGCCUCUUGUAAUUACUUCACAUCCCUUGCAAUGUUAUUGGAAAGGGUGGAAUUGAACAAGUCACCAGAUAGAUGGAGAGUUCAGAAAAGCAUUGCAAGUGGUGCUGCUUUUGGAAGCUACAUAGUUCUUAGUACAGCCAUUUUUUACAGGGUUGCAAGAACUGCAGACUCUUUUUCAUGUAAAUUCAAAGGCAAAUCACUGAUGGGCACUGAUGAGGAAAUCGGAGCUGCUUUAUUCCUUCAGAUGAGCAUAGUGAACCAGGCUAUUGCACUUUUUGUUCAUUCUGAUGAUUGCUGCCUCAUCAGAUGUCCUGGGCCUUUUGUCACAUUUGCCUUUUUUGCUUCCCAGAUGGUGGCAACCCAUAAAGCUGUUUAUGGCGACUUGAAUUUUGCACUAGCAAAGGGCGUCGGCUAUUUCAGGGCUGGAUUGAUAUGGUUAUACAACUUAGUCCUGCUUUUGACCCUUGUUUUAAUUUGUCGCAAAUGGAGACACUCAAAGAUGACUAGUGAAAAAUUGUUGGCAAUAUGCAUGCGAUCAGCCAUCCUACACAUAGUUCUUCUUUGGUUUUCGUACGUGAUACUUGAUGUUAGGGUACAACAGCCGGUCUUCAGUUAGAUCAAAGACAUUGUCAUGGUUGGAGUGUAUCUCGAGUAAAUAAAUAUAUGCCGUAAGAUUUUCCAU